UUUUCGCUUAUCCUUUAGCUGAUGGUGAAGGCACGGACUCGGAUGAAUCUGAGGAUUCUGACUCUUCUCAAAAGCUAGAUUUUUGUGAAAUGAAAGAAGGAAAAUGCUUACGAAUAUGUGGUCUUCCAAAACCAAUAGGAUUAGAUGCUCCAUUAAAUCAAUACACUUGCUUCCGAAGAUGCUUGAAGCUUGAAACGGUUCCGGACCCUCCUCCUAAAACACCAGAUUUCUGUGAAACUGAAGAAGGAAAAUGCUUGCAAAUAUGUGGCCUUUCAUCAAUAGAUAAUCCAUUAUCUCAAGAUCCUUGCUUUAAAGAGUGCAUAAACCAUGGUGAAACCGAAGACAAUAACGAAGACAGUAGUAAAGACAGUAGCAAAGAUAGUAGCAAAGACAGUAGCAAAGACAGUAGCAAAGACAGUACUGAAGACAGUACCGAAGACAAUACCGAAGACAAUACCGAAGACAGUACUGAAGACAGUACCGAAUCUGAAUAA